GCAAUAAGCAUCACAGUUUUGUUUGCAUUCAACAACAACAACAACAACAACUCUACCAACAACAAUGAAGUUCGCUAUUCUUGCUGUAGUCGUCGCCAUGGUUGCCCUUUCCGAAGGGUACUUCGGCGGAAGCAUUGACAUUGGUUGGCCACAUGGUCUUCGUGGCUAUAAUGGUUAUCGCAAGAGUACUUUAGCUUUAAGUGCACCCAGUCCCUACGAGUUCACUAAUGAACAGGGCCAUAAGUGUGUUUGCACUCCACCGACUCCACCGGCUCCACCAGCACAGCCGGAAACUCCAGCUUCACAACCAAUUGAAUGCAUUGACAAUACUGGCGCUAUCCGCAUUGUGAGAGAUUCGGGUGCUGCGAUCCGCGAGUCAGAACCGGAACGUUACAUUAACACACCUUACUCCCUUACCCAGGAAUAAUUUGGUGUAAUAUUACAUGAUAAACAAGAAUAAAUUCUAAACGUUGACUUCAA